AUGCAAUGGUCUCACAUUGUGGAUCAAUACCAGCAAGUCCCAGCGACAACUUGUACUAGGAAUGACGGUGCACACAAUAUAUCCAAUUGCGAAUUGCAAAAUUCUCAACGUCUUGGUCCUGUGCCACAGGUGCCCAGAGGCCAUGCAAUUGUGAUGGACUUGCAGAUGUUGGACGCUGACGUGUACGACCCAAUCAUCAACAAGGUCAAUGGGUGCUACAGCAACCCAAUCCCCUUAGGAUUGGAUGGCAGUGGGAGCUCCCAACGAUCACAGUGUGCCACACAACCUCGUGCUGAUGAUGCACAGGUGCCAGAGCUAUCUGGUGGGCAGUGGGGAUGUGCCAGGGGAAACUUAUGGUCGAUCUGCAGCACAAAGCUGAGUCACUCACCUGGUGGAUAUGAUAAAAAGCAACUGUCGACUCGAGAUGCUUUGGUAUCAAAGCAGAGGAAGGUUGGGAACGUCGAGGACGAUGAAAGAUGGAUGGAGGAGGGUGGGAUUGAAAGCUAA